AUGCUGCUGGGCAUAAGAUGUAUAACGGUACCCAGAAACGUGUUCGAGGGCGACGUGUUGGGCAUUAGCGUACGAUUCAGACUCAAGGCCUGGCAGGGGUAG